AUGGAGUCCGAGGCACACGGUGGAGGAGCCAUGAGGGCAGCCGAUGAAGACGCAGGUGCCGAGGCCUCUGCAGCGGGCACAGCACGGGGCAGCCAAGGUGUGCCGGGUGGUGCUGCUGGCCGCCAUGGCCCUGGCGACCCAGCUGGCCCUGGAGAUGCCGUCAGUCGAGGAGUCCCUGCCGGCUCCGGCGACAUGGCUGAUCCCAGAGAGCCCAGCGCUGCCGGAGAGUCAGGUGGCGCAGCCGCUGCCAUUCCGCAGAUCCCGGGGGCACCUCACGCUCUAGGGCCUGGUGGAGACGCUACACCUGGAGCCGGAGUUCUGAUUAACCGAGCCCUCCAGUUCAGCCUCGCCUUGCCUUUCGCAUCGCCUGGGCGGGCGGACUAUGCCUGCCACCUCCUGACUGAACGUACUCAACUGCGAUGGCCGGUUCGGAGGGAACUCUACGUUCGUGGCCGCAUGUUGGUUCUCCGUUUGACUGCUGAAGACCAUGACCUGCUCGACACAGCUGUCGCUUUCUUUCUGGAGCAGGUUUCCCUGGUGAGGUGGACCUUGCAGCACUUUUUGCACCCUCUUUUUGCUUAG